CUUGCAGUUUGAAGAUUUGCCUAAUUCAAACUAGAACAUCUGAGGAACGAAAUAUAGGUAAUGAUACCUAUGAGAAACUGUAUACACAGGUGUUAAAAUAUAGGUUAUCAUGGACUGCACAAAGGUGAACAUACUCUCUUUGAUCCUGGCUACUGUGCUUCUAACCGUCUUGUUCUUGCCUGACAUGCUGGAGGCUAACGUGCUGCGCCAGCUCUUUAAAGGGGAUGUUGAUGAACAGAAAGUUACCGUGGAACCCAAAGAAGCAACAAACUUCUUGAGCAAAUUGAAACGCUCUAAACGACAUACAAAACAGUUUCAACAAGACCCAGAUUUCUGGAAUGCGUACCAGCAUUUUCUCGAUAUUGGAUUUAAUGAAGGAGUAUAUGAAAUGGACAAAGUUUAUCUACACUAUCUUCAGGACAAGAGCAGAGAUCAGUCCCAUCAGGCAUAUCAAGCAUAUAUGCAGCGUCUGCGAGAAGAGGAAUGUGACACAACAAAAGAUCCUGAUUGUCAGCCAACUCUUCCCCACAAGCAAGCAGCCUACACUCAGAAGCAAUGUGACCCAUACACAGAUCCAUAUUGUAGAGCAGCAGGGUACUCCUGUGAUCCACAGAAAGAUCCUUAUUGUAGAGCAGCAGGGUACUCCUGUGAUCCACAGAAGGAUCCUUAUUGUAGAACUGAUAAAUACCCCUCUGAAACCCAGAAAGAUGCAUAUGGAAGAGCAGAAAGGUACCCCUGUGAUCCGCAGAAAGAUCCAUACUGCAGACCAGAGCAGUGUGACCCAUACAAAGACCCCAACUGCAGAGUCAAGGUUCAAUCAUGUGACCCCUAUAAAGAUCGCAACUGCGACCCUGAUUCAUAUUAUAAGCACACGUCAUCAGCAUAUGCCUGUGAUCCCCGUUAUGAUUCAAAAUGUAAUCAACAACCUUAUAGUUAUGCCCAAUACGCUCAGUUAGUAAACCAGUAUUGUAAUCCAUAUGAUCCAAACAAUCCACACUGUCAAGUACUGGUUGCCUAUUUAAAGCAAUCAUGUGAUCCAUACUCAGACCCUAACUGCUUUCCAAGAACAAAGAAAGAAGCACAUGCUCCACACCCUGUCUGUGACACUGCCAAGGACCCAUACUGCCACUCCACCCUGGCUGCAUAUAAACACCCGUAUGACUGUGACCCAUAUUAUGAUCAUAACUGUCAAUUGGCAUAUCAUCCGAAAGAUGAGCCUGCAUCAGAUUCUGAGUGUGACCCCAGGUAUGACCCUUACUGUAGUUCUGAUAGGGCUGUAUAUGGUGGUAGACGUGAAUUUAAAUGUGAUCCCUAUCGUGACCCCAACUGUAGACGAAAUGUAAAAUCCAUUGACCAAAGUAUUCAAGAUCGUGACUGUGAUCCUGAAUACGAUCGUGACUGUCGGAGGCCACAAUCCAUGUACAAAGGGAAGACAAAGGAAGGUUAUGAUUGUGAUCUCUAUUACCACCCCGACUGUUAUCCCAUUCAUGAAUCUCAGCCAGAUGAUAACUGUGACCCUCAUGACCCCAACUGUCAUAGAAACGAAGAACGUAAUCAUGUUCCUGAAAACUACAGAAACUGUGAUCCGGAACAUGACCCUUAUUGUGACAGAAGAAGAGCAACAAACAAUUGUGACCCAUACACAGAUCCCGAGUGUUAUUCCCGAUAUCGGGCUAGGGAACAGGAGAGAACAGCCUCAGAGGAUUGUGAUCCACACACAGAUCCCGAGUGUUAUUCCCGAUAUCGGGCUAGGGAACAUGAGAGAACAGCCUCAGAGAAUUGUGACCCAUACACAGAUCCCGAGUGUUAUUCCCGAUAUCGGGCUAGGGAACAGGAGAGAACAGCCUCAGAGAAUUGUGAUCCAUACACAGAUCCAGAAUGUUAUUCCCGAUACCAGGCUAGGGAACAGGAGAGAACAGCCUCAGAGAAUUGUGAUCCAUACACAGAUCCCGAGUGUUAUUCCCGAUAUCGAGAUAGGGAACAAGAACGAACAGCCUCAGAGGAUUGUGAUCCACACACAGAUCCCGAAUGUUAUUCCCGAUACCAGGCUAGGGAACAGGAGAGAACAGCCUCAGAGAAUUGUGAUCCAUACACUGAUCCCGAGUGUUAUUCCCGAUACCGGGCUAGGGAACAGGAGAGAGCAGCCUCAGAGAAUUGUGAUCCACACACAGAUCCCGAAUGUUAUUCCCGAUAUCGAGAUAGGGAACAAGAAAGAACAGCCUCAGAGGAUUGUGAUCCACACACAGAUCCCGAGUGUUAUUCCCGAUAUCGAGCUAGGGAACAGGAGAGAACAGCCUCAGAGAAUUGUGAUCCACACACAGAUCCUGAAUGUUAUUAUUCCCUAUAUCGAGCCAGACAGCAAGAAAGAACAGCAACAGAGAACUGUGAUUCUAAUGUUGACCCUUACUGUGACAGUUCGCAAUCUCAGAUUCAUGAGGAAGUGCAAAACAGAGGAGCCACAGAAGAUUGUGACCCAAAUUAUGAUUCAAGCUGUCAAAAGCAGAUGGAGUUUGAGUGUAACCCCGAUAAUGACCCUAACUGUGGUAAUGAAUUCUCCCAGAUCUAUGAACAAACAAAUGCAAAAGUGUGUGAUCCAUAUGACCCUUAUUGUAGUGGAGUGGCAACAGAAUCUCGUCAGUCAGAACACAAUUGUAACCCUGACUACGAUCCAGACUGUCAUACUUCUCAACCUCAUGAUGAUGACCAAAAACACCAAGAAGAUUGCGACCCAUACCAUGAUUCCAAUUGUCGCAAUGAAAGCGAAGAUUUGUAUGAGCCAGAUUCUGACUGUGACUUUGAAUGCCGCAUGCAACGAUUUGCUGUUACUGACAGAGAUGUGGAUUUCCGUGACACUAGCCGUUAUGAAAUCAUCUGUGAUCCAGACCUUGAAAUACCAUGUCCUUAUGAAAAUGAUAUUAAUGAUGCGACAACAGCUUAUGAUCAGUAUCAUAUGUAUAACCCUUACAGUGCAGGGUAUGAAGAACAAUAUCAAAGUGAUCAGGAGAUUCAUCACAAAUCUGAAAUUGAAGAUGAUUCUGAAGGAACUCCCAAAGUCUAGGAAGAAGGUAAUUAAAUCUGCUCUAGUCUUUUAUCCUUGGUUGGGGAAAGGGAAUUGUGGUGACUUUAUUCUUAUUGUAUUCCUUUGAAUAAUAGAAAAUUGGAGAGAUGUGGAUCGAAGAUAUUGAUCUGAGUAUAUAAAUAAACAAACACAUUUCCCACGAA